AUGAUUGCUGCUUUGAAUGGUGUGGACUUAGCUGGUGCAAUGCUUGGCUGUGGCUUCCAUGUAUGGAGCAGCGAGAAAUUUGGAAGAAAAAGGACAAUGAUUAUCGGUUCUACUAUACUCGUCGUUGAUGGUGCCUUGUGUUUUGGUGCUAUUGAUUUGGCUAUGUUCAUUGUCGGUCGUGGGAUUGCUGUGAUGGGAUCGGGUAUCUUGGCCUGCGUCGUUCCCAUGUACCAGGCAGAGGUUUCUACCCCGGAAACUCGCGGUGUCAUGGUCUCAGUAACUGGGAUCGCAUAUGCUCUGGGUUACGGUCUUGCAGGCUGGCUUGGAUAUGCAUGCUCUUUUAUGUCCGGUUCUAGCAAAUAUGCUCAGUAUGCCUGGCGCUUCCCAUUGGCUUUCCAAUGUGUUUUCCCUUUAGUAUUCCUCCUUGGACAGAAAUUUGUCCCAUUCUCCCCUCGUUGGCUUCUCUCUCAGGGCCGGAGAGACGAAGCAUUCCACGUCGUCUCAAGUCUCCACAAGACCAAGGCCGAUCCUGAUAACCGAAGUGCGCACGAAGAAUUCUUCCUCAUCGAAAAGCAAUACGAGCUUGACGCAAGCCACGCAGAUCAAUCAUUUGAGCUCUUCCGAACCGCUCCGAAUCGCAAACGUGCACUGAUGGGGCUGGGCGUGGGCAAUUCUAUUUCGCUUCUUCUGAAUGCUGUCUGGACGAGUGUCACUAUGUGA